GUUAGGUGUGCCCCGUUGAAGCGCAGCACAAGCUGGGCGAAGCCGCCGCGGUGGCCGACGAGGGGGUUUGGUAGCCCUCCGUGGUGCAACUGUUGUUUUUGUUGUUUAAUGCGGGUCGUGGCACAAUGCGUGCGGUGUGAAGAAUGUUUUGACUGAAGCUACGGCGUGGCGACGGAAAGCUCUCCUCCCCCCCCACAACCAACUCUUCGCGCCCGAGGAUUUUGUGCCCGGAUCACGCGGAAGAUUCCGCGCCGCCGCCGCUUCGUUCGAAAUCCCUUGCAGCAAGCAACCUCCGUUCGGUCAACUUUUCGUUGUGGUCGUUGCGGCAGUGAGCAACAAGUGCCCAGCCCCUGGAUUUGCGUGCUGCCUGCCGGCGGCCUUGCGUUCUGGUAUGCGGACCCGUGCGGUCGGUCCGUGCUGGGCGGCUGCACGUCGGAUGUGAAACAACGCGAGUGCCUCUGCAGCGAUCGUCACACCGCCUGCUGCAUUCCCCGUUCCGCGUACGCAGGCCUAGGUGACAGGUCUUUCCUGGGGGCAAGUUUGCGAGAGUGUUGGACUUGUCGGAGAGCAGCAGCCAUGUGCAGGAGGCCUUUGUCAUUGCGGUGGAGCAGCAGGCCCGCGAACGGCUGGAGCGUCUGUCGGCGCUGCAGCGCAUCCGGCCGGUCGACAUGACCAAGCUGUCGCAGGAGCUCAACGCGGAGGAGCGUUCUUCCACGCCCUCGUCUCAGCCAGCAGGCUCCAACGGACUGCUGCUGCUUGCCUCCGAGGCCAGCCCCGUCUACGUGGCCUCUGUGCCCCAGCUACAGAGGCUCCAGCGGCACGGCUCAAGAGGCGAUUCGGGUUUUCCCGAGAGCAGUGCACUGACCUCGGCCAACGGGCACGCGGCGCCUGUCGUCGCAGACCAGGAGCUCGAACUGACCCAGCAGCUGCCAGAACCCAUGCUCACCUCACCCAACCCGCCCGUGCCCACACCCCGAAAGUCGCUCUCCCCACCUCCCGGCAUGAAGGGUCCAGCCGAGGUGGAGACAGGGCAGUCGCACCGCGAGAUGGCCGUGGACGUGCCCGAGUCUUUUGUGGCGGUGGCCAAGACUGCGCCGCGCUACCCGCCGCCUCCAAGGCCUCAGGGCUCUCCCCGGCUCAACGGAUCGGCAGCACCGACGGGAGAACAGCUGGAGCGCAUACGAAAGUACCAAGAAGAGCUGCGGAUACGCAAGGAAGAAGAGGAACGGCUAGCGCAGGAGCAGGAGUUCCUGCGGUCGUCACUACGGGGCUCCAAGAAGCUUCGAGCCUUGGAGCAGAAUGCCCCGGAAGGGAUCCUCAACGCUGCCUUUGAGACAGACUCCUUUGGUGCCACUCUGCCUUCGGAUGCCCGCCUCCUGCCUCUCAGCCCACACAAGCCUCCCAGCCGCAUUUAUGAAGCUCACGAGUUGGAGCAGUGCCUCAAGAGGCUGGAGCCCCUGGCGGAGCCGGGCUCACUCUCCUGCGUGGUCAGCCUGUUGAAGGAACCGGGCUUCCAGGGGGCGCUGGCCGUCAGCAACAAUGUCCAGCAGGCCUGGUGCUACCAACGGCCGCCCACCCCCAUCUGCUCCAACGCUCAGGACCUGGCUCAAGAGGUGCUGUCCCUACUGGAAGGCUGUGCUUUGCCCGAGGCAAUGCAGCUGCAAGACUUUUUGAGUCGGCUGGAUGUAGAUGGGUUGUUGCUGAGCCACGAUCGCAUUGCAGCGCGCUGUGGAGCGUCGCCACGGCUCGCCCACUCUCCACCUGGACCCGGGGGCGCCCACGAAGCCCUGGACAGGGCAUCUCAUUAUUCAGAAGACAGCAUCAAGAUUGUCCACAUUGACAAGACUAACGAACCUCUGGGUGCAACUGUGCGCAAUGAAGGGGAAAGUGUCAUAAUCGGACGGAUUGUCAAAGGUGGCGCAGCUGAAAAGAGUGGCUUAUUACACGAGGGCGAUGAAAUCCUGGAAGUGAACGGUAUCGGCAUGCGUGGCAAGUCGGUGAAUGAAGUCUGUGACCUGCUGGCAACAAUGACCGGCACCCUCACAUUCCUGAUAGUGCCAUGUAACCAGGAGACCAUCACGCCUCGCGCCACGGACACCGGCAUGAUCCAUGUCAAGGCCCACUUUGACUACGAGCCAGAAGAAGACCUGUACAUUCCAUGCCGAGAGUUGGGCAUCCCGUUCCAAAAGGGCGACGUGCUGCACGUCAUCAACCGGGACGACCCCAACUGGUGGCAGGCCUACCGCCAGGGCGAGGAAGACCAAACCCUGGCCGGCCUCAUUCCUUCCAAGUCCUUCCAACAGCAGCGUGAAGCUAUGAAACAAGCUCUGGCUGGCGGUGAUGCGGGGUCAAAGGAGAAGACCAAGCGAGGAAAAUUUCUUUGUGCCAAGAAACACCACAAGAAGAAGAAGAAAAAGAGUGGCGGAUCAACUGGUACAUUGGGGGAUGACUCCGAAGUAAACGAGCCAGUGCCAACUUAUGAAGAGGUGUCGCUCUACUACCCCCGUCCCAACUGCAAGCGGCCCGUGGUGCUUGUUGGACCGUCCAACAUAGGCAGGCACGAGCUCCGCCAAAAGCUAAUGGAGGACACAGAACGCUUUGCAGCUGCAGUUCCUCACACCAGCCGGCCGCGAAAGGAUUCGGAGAUAGACGGGGUAGACUACCAUUUCAUUAGCCGGCCCCAAUUUGAAGCCGACAUCCUGGCCGGCAAAUUUGUGGAGCACGGAGAAUACGAGCGUAACUACUACGGUACCAGCCUUGAUGCCAUUCGGAGUGUCGUGAACUCUGGCAAGGUCUGCGUCCUGAACCUUCACCCACAGUCUCUGAAGAUGCUGAAGCACUCUGACCUCAAGCCAUACGUGGUCUUUGUGGCACCGCCAUCUUUGGAGAAACUCCGACAGCACCGCGCCCGCCAGGGCGUCCCCGUGCGAGAGGAGGAGUUGCGGGAGACCAUAGAACGGGCACGACAAAUGGAGGAGACCUACGGCCACUACUUCGACAUGGUCAUUGUCAAUUCGGAUCUGGACCGUGCCUACAGCGAGUUGCUCAAGGAGGUGGCCAUUCUGGAGCGAGAGCCCCAAUGGGUGCCCAGCGUGUGGCUUACAAACCAGGACAGUGCCGCAGGCUCCUAGCCACAGGCCCCACCGUCGGAGACAUCGUGUGCCACCUUGCACGCUCGAGAUCCGAGGAACGCCCACAGUCGCCGAGACAAGGCCUUCAAGCGCCACGACUGGUCAGAGACGACGCAGAACGUUUGUGGUGCCUGAAGCAAUGUGUCACUAAGAACAUACGUGGCGACCUGGCGCCUGCAUCUUGCCACGUGACGACGAUUCUUAAGCAUAAUGCUGGCGACAAGUAUUACGCUUCAGAACCAGUUUUUUUAAAAGAAAUCAUAGACGUGUCUGUGUCGCAGACCAAUCGCGGUGCAUCGAAGCGAUGUUCGGCGACGACUCUUCCGAGGCCAUAUGGACAGUGCCCCCUUCCACACGCGCACGACAGCGCAACAGGCUGACAAGCCUGGUGGCGCAGCUAUGCGGAACUUUUGGAUUGGACGGUGCAGCUUGUAUAUUGUGAGAAUUUAGACACACGAGGCCAUUUUUUAUGUACGAUAUAGGAGCAACUAGAAUGUUUACUACUGCCAGAAAGCGCAGCUCCAGUCUCUCUUUCGGUGGGACGUCGACAGACACUGAGUGACUACCGUUCACCGUGUCCCGCAACCUCACGCCAACAGCGCAGAAGAACGGGAGCUGGGCUGGGCAGUCAGUACAAAUCAGAGUUUGUGAAGCAUUUUGUUUUAUAGGAGAAAAAAAAAUAAGUAACCAUUACAUUGUGCGUACUGUCUUGAGAAUGCCGUAAAAGCUACAGUUCUAACCAGUGUGGGCGAAAUUUCGGAACAGCCAACUUGUGCUAUAAUUUUGAACUGACCAUGCAAGUGUGUGUCUUGUGCAUAGUUUGAACCUAACACUUCCCUGUACCUCCCUGCAGUCAAACAUUGUUAUAGUAAUGAAGUUACAUCCGAUACAAAAGUAUUUCCGUCAUAUCCGAGAUCUGUUAUAAGUACACAUGCUACCAGUGGAAAAAAAGAAUUAGUAAAUUUUAGAUUUACUUCAUUA